AUGGGACAAUCUAAGAUUAGUUUGAAGGAAUUGUCAAGUGUCAAGCGAAAGUUCACUGAGUCGAUUAAUGAUUACCUAAAUCAGUUUCGUUUACUGAAAACGAGGUGCUUCACCCAAGUGCCUACACAUGAGCUUGUUGAAAUGGCUGCCGGAAGGAUAUAUUAUUCCAUUAGGAAGAAAUUAGACAUUCAAUAUUUAAGAGAUAUGGCCCAGUUGUCAGAAAGAGUUAGGCAGGUAGAAAGAUUGAAGGCCGAGAAGGCCAAAGUGAGUAAGGGUAAAAAAGAGCGAAUAGCUUAUGCUGACAUGGAAGACCAAGACACCUGCAAAUGGGAAGAAUAUAGUCAUGUCGAAGAGUCUAAGGUUGACAUGGAUGAGUUAAAGCAAAGUCCCGCAUAUGUGUGUAAGUUGCAUACACCUGCAAAUGGGAAGAAUCUUGCAGAGCCUAAAGAAAAUGAUAAAUUCCCUAAGAAAACUUGCACCAUCGAUGUGACAAAUGUGAUGAUAUUUUUGAUUUGUUGGUUUCAGAUGGAUCUUGUGCAGAAUGCAUUAAACGAAGGCAGACUCAAAUUUGCUAAGGGAAAAGCUCUCAUGAAGAUUGAUUCUGACCCACUACAGGUUGUAGAUGCUAGUUACGUGGAGCCUGCAGUUGUUAACAUGGUUUAA